AUGGCCUGCAGUCUCUCAGCCCCGCCAAAACCAACAGCCAUCGCAUCACGGCCGAAACUCUCUCUCCAAACAUCCUCCCUGCCACGCACCUUCGGCAGCUCCUCCACAGGCCUCUCAUUCUCCUUCGCCGCGGGGUCCAGUGCAUCCCCCACUGUCCGCAAUACAUUCCGAAAUGCCUACGAUGUAGCUACUCCAUCGUCAGCAACGGCUUCUCCCUCCAGAACAGUACCGACACCAACAACAAUACAGAGUUCUGGACUGGGACCACGAUUCAGCACCUCGAAACCACCCUCUCCAUAUGUCACCACCAACAACAGCAAUAACAACACUAAUAACAACAAUAAUAACAACCCCUUCACCUAUAAUUACCGCAGUCCCUAUCCAUACCAACAACCACUGGGUGUGCGAAGCAUCCUGCGAAAUUCACCGCUCGAGCCCACGGCGCACCGACGCUCAGGGUCUAUCUCUGCGACGAGCGUAAAUGGCGCUGCUGGUGGCGCCGGUACGCGGCGGGUAUUCUUCCCUGCCAAGAAGCAGGUUAGCUAUCGGUAUCCGCUGGAAGAGAUUAUCCGCACAGAGCGAUAUACGGUGUCGCAUUUUGACCUUGUACUUCAGGAGGAGGAGAAAGAAGAACAAGAGGAGGGGCAUGAACAACGACAGAAGCAAGGGCAUGCCAAGCCAGAAACCGAGCACCCAACACCUGAACAGGAAGAUGACGACUCGGAUUAUUCCACAUUGUCACUAUCAGAAACCAGCGGGUCAAGCGAGGAAUCCAGCCCUGACGACGGACAACACCACACUUCAUCUUCACUGUCCAAGACGGAGCGCAAGAAACGGCGUACAAUGCGCUUGGAACGCCAGGUCCGGGCCGUUGCGCUGCUGGAUGGUCUCCAGGCGGAUGAUGCUUACGCUGCCUCUACGCCACAGACACCUCGCCAACGACGGGUGAAGCGGCGGCGCGAGUGGAAGUGGACGUUGGGAUCGGCAAAUCCAAAUAACCCACAAAGUGCUCAGAAUAAUGUUGUUUCUUCAUUGGAGGUGGCACAGCAGAAGUACACACCGGUGACUACUGUCUUGCCAUUUGAUUUUGACCCGGCUGUCUCCAAGGGCCUUCUCGAGCCCACGGAGUUAGAAACGCGGUGUUGA